GACUAUUUGCUCUUCAUCUCACUCAUCAUCCAACAAAUUUUUGAAAUUUUUUUUAGAGAGAGAGAGAAGAAAAUCCAUGGAAAUUGGUUCUAAAUCUCAGCGUAAAUCCGUAAAGGAGGAUGCAAUGAACAAAACCUCUGAUCAAUCCAACGGCGCCGCCGACGACGAAAGCUGUGGAGAAGAGAUUGUUCUUCAGUAUGUAAAUAAGGUUGGAGGAUCAAAAAGAUCAGCACAAGAAGAAGAUGAUGAAAUGAAGGCACCAUCUCCCAAGAACAAUCAUUUUAAGCAGGGAAGUGCAAAAACAAAGAUGGAGAGAUCAACUUCUGAAUCUGAAUCCAGAUCAUCUUCUUCUGCUAGAGGGGAACAGGUGGAUGAUCAAAUUGAAUCGACAAAAGCAGAAAUGGACGAGAUUAUGGAAGAAAAUCAAAGGCUAAAAAUGUACUUAGACAGAAUUUUGAAGGAUUAUCGAACCCUACAAAUGCAAUACCAAAGCGCGAUUCAACAAGACAAUGCAAAACCUGAUGAUCCAAACAAUGAUUCGACAUUUCAUCAUCGUGGCAAUGAUCAUACAAAAGAUUCGGACGAUCUAAUUGAUCUUAGCCUAGGAAUAAGUUCGAGGGAUCGAAUGAAAGAAGAGACACACAAAGUAUUGCCAAUUACCAAUUCGACCAACAUCAUCGAAGGAGGUAAUAAUCAUAAGGAAGGAUUGAAAUUAGGGCUUGAUUGCAAAUACGAUGUUCUUGGGAAGUUGUCACCGAAUAAUCCGAGCCCGGAAAAUAGCGUAGAAGAAUUGAAGGAAGAUGGCGGCGAAGGAGACGCGUGGAAACCUAAAAGUACGAUGAAAAAUGUGAGAGAUGGAGGAGAUGUAGACGAUGUGUCGCAACAAAACCCUACGAAGAGAGCUAGGGUUUCCGUAAGAGUGAGAUGCGACACACCCACGAUGAACGAUGGAUGUCAAUGGAGGAAAUAUGGACAAAAGAUUGCAAAGGGAAAUCCAUGCCCACGUGCGUAUUAUAGAUGCACUGUAGCACCGUCUUGUCCCGUAAGAAAACAGGUACAAAGAUGCGCAGAAGACAUGUCGAUCCUUAUCACAACCUACGAAGGCACACACAACCACCCACUUCCGAUGUCCGCGACGGCCAUGGCUUCGACCACCGCCGCCGCCGCCUCGAUGCUAUUGUCGGGCUCGACAACCUCGGGAACUAACCCCGGUCCGUCAUCUACAACCUCAUCCUCUAUCACCACGACAAACCUCAACGGUCUAAAUUUUUAUCUGUCGAACAACCCUAGAUCUUCAAAACCCUUCUAUUUACCGAACUCCUCAAUCUCGUCAUCCCCCUCCUACCCCACCAUCACCCUCGACCUCACCUCCUCUUCCUCCUCAUCCUCUGGCUCCUACCAUUCUUCAAACCUAUCUCGACUCGGGAGUUACCCUCCGAGAUAUUCGACCACUAACCUAAAUUUUAGCUCAUUAGAGUCGUCGUCGCCAAACCCUCUCCCGAUUUCUUGGAAUAACGGUAUGCUUAGCUACGGACACCAACCCUACAACAAGACCCAAUCGACGAAUUCCCUAAGCUUCGCUGGAUCCCAACCACCGAGCGAAAAUCUCUUCCAAACCUACUUGCAAAAGGCCAACAUUCCAAACCCUAACCCUAACCCUAACCCUAGCCAACAAUUGCUUCCUCAAGACACCAUUGCCGCGGCAACCAAAGCCAUAACUUCCGACCCGAGCUUCCAAUCCGCUCUAGCGGCGGCGCUCACUUCCAUUAUUGGCUCCGGUGGUUCUAACAAUGCCUCGACGCUAACGAGCCAAAUCUUGGGCGAAAAAUCGAGUCAUGUGAAUAGUAGUAAGACGAGCGAGGCUUUCCCUAUUCUAUCGAGCUUUCCAUCAACAUCCUCGAACACGAGUUUUCUUAACAAGUCUUCUUCGUCGAACAUGUCUCAACCGAGCGAGUUGGUGUUUCUUUCGCCUAAUUUUCCAGCGAGUAACUCCAUGUCAUCGUCGCCGAAGGAGAAGAAGGAUCACCGCGGUGUUUGAGUCGAAUCGAGCCGCGGCCCGACUCGACUCGGCGGGACAAUUUUUAUUUUUAUUUUUUUUAGUUUAAUUGUUGGAUUUUUUUCAUGGUUCCAAAACUCUUAAGUAAAAUGUGCAUGGAUGUGUGUUUGUAAAUUUUCUCCUUUUUUUCUUAGCCUUUGUCUUUAUUUCAUUUUCUUUUAUUUCUUUUGUUGAGGUCAAAGGAGUGAGAUAUGAUGAAGAAAUUUGUUCAUAUGGAGAUAGUUGACAAAUAUUGUGAAUAUGUUUUUUAUGUAAGACCGACCAACUGUUGAUGUCAGGAAAUGUGUAUAUAUUAUUUACUUUGACUU